AUGGAAGAGUCAUUGGACCUUUGUUUGCAAGAAUUGCAAAGUUCAUCAGAAUCUUUAAAUAACAUUCACUUCAAACCGCCAGGUAUUUUCCAUAAUGCAUUAACUCGUCUUCUAUCACCAAAUACUACAAAGCAAGAAGCAAUUCCAUUCACUAAAGUCAUUAGAGACAGGGACCCAGAAGAGGAAGAUAACCUUUUUAGUUAUAAUAAAAAAAGAAGAAUACCGGCAAGAACGGAUGGUGAAAAGGGGAUCUUAGAUUAUUUAAGAGAUCGAGAAAUUACAUUUAAAGGCAAUCCAACUGAAAACAUACCUCUAGUUCAUGUACCCAACGAAAUAUAUCUACGACAAAAUGAUGCUCGUUGGAGAAAAGAAAAUAAAUUAAGUCACAGUUGGUUAUAUCAACCUAAUGACUCACAACAUAGUCAAACAAACUUUACUACACAAGGGUCUAUUGGUAUGACAAAAUCGCAUACAGAUCGUGGUGUUCUAGAACGUUUAUUUACUAAAUAUAGUAAUGAUACACAGAUGAUACAACUUCUAAAAGCUUUACAAUCUGGAAGCAUUACUGUUGGUACAACAGAUAAUAUAUCUCCAUCUAAAAAUAAUAGAAGAAAGACAAUGUUCGUAGAAGAUUUUCAAACUGAGUCUUUAUUCUUGGUAUUAGAAGAAGUUACAUCUCAAUUUCCAAGUGAAGAAAAUAGAGUAAAAUACCAGACGCUUUGGGAGGAAUAUUCCACUUUAACUCAACAAGUAACUUCUUUGAAAGAAGAUAUCGAAUAUCAAACAUAUCGUUUAAAUAACACUAAUACAAAUAAUCAUGCCUCUAGUCCUCCAAGUAAAUCAGUUGCUGACAUGAUUGCAAAGGAAGAACGUGAAAUAGAGAGACUCCAAACAGAAUUGAAUGAGAAAAAACUCCGCUAG